AUGGAUUUAUCGGUCAAAUUCCGCAUCACUUACCUGCUGAUCAUCGUGCUCCUAGUCGAAGACGGUCGAAGCCAAUCAACCGUCGAUCAGAUGGCAAAGACCAGUGCCAUGAUGCGUUUGGUUUGCAUCGGAAAGCAUAAAGCCAGCGAGCAGCUCGUCGAUGGGCUGGGCCGGGGAGAGUUUGCCGACAGUAAGGACCUCAAAUGCUACGCAAACUGUGUGCUGGAAAUGAUGCAGGCGAUGAAAAAAGGGAAAGUCACGGCAGAUAGUGCCAUAAAGCAGAUCGAAUUGCUAAUUCCUUCUGAUAUCGCCGAACCGACGGUUAGUGCGUUCCGUCUUUGCCGAGACGCUGCAAAUGGCAUCAAAAAUCCCUGUGAGGCCGCUUAUGCACUACUAAAAUGCAUACACGCGAACAAUCCUAAAUACUUUUUUGUAUGA